AUGCGUUUUUCUUUUCGUGUAGACACCAUUCGUACGACAAAACACGCCGCAUCCCAAGGACAUAGAGGCGAAGGCACACAAGCUGUUAGCAGGAAGAUCGCCAGAAACUUCGAACACGCAACCCGCAAAGUCUGAACCAACAAUCACGAAUGGACUGCCGAUGUCGCCCAUCGAACCGAUACCUGCACCCGUGGAGACUGUAGAACCUGAACCAGAAACGCCAGCACAUCACGAAUUAGCGAAAGAGGAGGACAGUGAUACGCAAACUGCCGCUGAUAGAGAUUCAUCUGACGGAGAAAACGAUGACAACGAUUCAGACGAGCUAGAGCGGGCGGGCGCGCGGCGCGUGGCGUGGCGCAGCGGCGUGGCGGAGCGCGGCGCCGCGCCGGCCGGCCGGCUGCACCGCCGCGACACGCCGCACCACCUCAAGAACAAGCGCGUCAACCAGAUCGACGCGGGGCGCGCGCGCGAUCUCAUUGCGCAGGUGCGCGACACCUAUACGACUACAUGCCGCCGACCGCGUUCAUACAUUCUAUAACAGCAAUCUUCAUUC